AUGGCCCCAACAACAACAGAUAAAGCUUCUUCAACAAUGGCUGCUGUUUCAAAGAAGGUACUGAUAACAGGUGUAAGUAGAGGAUUAGGAAGAGCUUUAGCUUUGGAAUUGGCUACUUAUGGCCAUACUGUUAUUGGCUGCUCUCGCGAUCAAACUAAACUUGAUUCUCUUCAAUUACAACUCUCGAAGGUUUCUCCUAAUGCCAACCAUUUGCUCCUCAGCAUUGAUGUGCUUGCACCAUAUUGUGCAUCAAAGUGGGGAAUUGAAGGAUUAAGCAAAUGCAUAGCAUAUGAAUUACCAAAGGGAAUGGCAAUUGUAGCCUUAGAUCCAGGUUUCAUAUACACAGAUAUGUUGGAAUCAUUGCAGGGUGAUUUGGCCGCUUCAAAGUAUCAAACCCCGCAACAUUGCUGUCAAGAUUAA